CUGAACAUAUGUCUGGACACAUAGUACUGAGAGAGGAAAUGUGAAUUUGUGCUAGAUUCAUUUCAUUAUUGAUCUAUGUAUUUAUAUCAAAAUCAUUUGAUUAAUCAGUUUCCUUGUUGACUUUCUGACUUAUCAUGGAGGUGGUAGGACAGGUUACCUAUCUGUAACGGUCUGGUAAAAUAUUUACCGUUUUAUAGAGACGACAGCUACACAGUGGUGAUGGAGCUAGCUACACAAUUGGUUGGAGCCGUUUUAGUCAUAAUCGGUCUUUUUUCAGGUACAACACUAGUAUAUAUAGUGUUUGGCCUCGAGGGCGGCGUUCUCGUUGUCGUCAUCAUCAUGUACGUCCUCGUAACUAUCAGGCGGAAACGACGACAUAGCUUUUCAGGAUCAGCAUUGGUGACUUUGGGGUCUCUCCACGACCCAGAAUCCACACAAGGUAAUAUCUACAGCGAGAUGGAACCGUCCAGAUCACCCCUGCAACAGACUAACAGUAUUUCGUCCCACAUCUACAGUGAACUUACUCCUGCAGCGUCGAGGACAAACGUUGAAAACCAGACGAAUGCAAACGGAGGCUACACUCUUCCCACCGAUGCCACUGGGUACAUCGAAAUGACGUCAAACAACGUCACCACGUCCGUUGACGCCAUCAACCAGCACCUCUAUACUGACGUCAGGCGAGAGGAAGCGGUGGUUGAAAACAGCCGCACACAAACCAUUCAAAACACAGAAGAGGAAUACCUAAAUGGAGCGUUUGAGGACGAGGAUUAGGCUAAAACACCAGAUGACCGGUUCACCGUGUGCUCCACAGAAACAGCAUACAGUUUGAACGGUCUGUCAAAGCUAUGUUCAUCAACAUAGACACAGAUUCAGAGAUGCAAUAAACAGAACUGUCACGA